CCUUAAAUAAAUGACGAAAUUUAAAGAAAUAUUGUUUUUAUUUUGUAUAUAAAAUAUUGAAAUAUGUUUAUAAAAUGUCUGCUUUAAUUUUGUCAACCGUCUUAAGUGUGUUAAAUGUCCAUUCAUCAAUUAUAGGAAAGCAGGUAUUGAAGUGGAUGAAUAAACCGUCGUUAAAAGAAAAGAAUCUCAUCACUCAAAAAAAUAACCUUAAAUCAGAACAGAGCAAAUUUAGUAUGAUAGACAGUUUUGCUAAGUUUUCUAAAAUUCAAAGAAAAAUUAAUGCAAUCGAUCAAGAUCUGACUAAGUUGCGAACAGAAAAAAAUUCUAUAAUAUUACAUAUUGGACUAACCCAUGGAUUAAAGAUUGCUUUGGGGUUACUGUUAUUUAUUUUAUCUAUUUAUUACAGAUACUCACCUGUAUUUGAAUUGAGUAGUAGUAUAGAUCUAACGCCUUUCAAUCACAUGAUUUCUUAUCCAAAUGAAAAUAAUCAGGUAUCGUUUCAUUUUUGGGUUUUAUGUUGUUCUAGUGUUUCUCGUCUAAUCAAAAUUUAGUUCUGUAGGGUGUGUUUAUGUUAUAAUUAUGUUGAGUACUAUAGAAAAGAACUAUAUUUCUAUUAAAUUUAAUUUCGUUUUGUUUAUAUAUUUAUCUCGGGGAUAAGU